AUGGUCUCAUUCUUAUACUUACUCAUUCAAUACAUUGGAAACACUCCCCAAGACCAGCGUGAUUUCUUAGAGCAGAAGGGGAAAUCAGCUUUACCCAUGUUCAAAUGGGUGCGUUUUAGAGCAUCAAAGCCCUAUUUCAUGUAUACGCUCAAGUGGGGUGUUUUACAGUAUGCAAUUCUGCGUCCACUACUCAGUAUCAUAUCUAUCAUUUGCGAAGCAGAGAAUGUACUUUGCUCUACAACGUACAGUGUUCACUUUGCUGAAGUAUACAUAACAGCUAUCGACUUUGUUUCUAUAUCGGUCGCGCUCUACGCUCUUGUCAUCUUCUACACUAUUACCAAAGCUGAUUUAAUGGGUAAGAAACCACUCGCAAAAUUCUUAUCAAUCAAGCUACUUGUCGCUUUUACAUUCUACCAAGGCUUCAUAUUCGACCAGCUUGCGGAGCAUAAUAUUUUAAAGUCAACAGAGUACUGGACAAGGAAUAACAUCAGUAAUGGACUAGACAGUCUUUGUAUAUGCGUUGAGAUGGUCUUCUUUUCAGCAUUUAUGAUUUACGCGUUUAGUUUCAAGGAAUAUAGGAACAGGACCAAGGUUGAAGGUGUUCAACGUAUCAUGAAUCCGUUGAUGGCAUUCUUAUAUGCCAUCAACUUGACGGACUUGAUCAAGGAUGUAUUCUUAUCCUUCCGCUUCUUUUUCGAUUACGCUCGUAAUAAGCCUUACGCACAUAGCAAAAAGAAUGCGACAAUGGCAGAUGAAUUUGAUGAAGCAUUCCUACCUUCGUCGAGAGGGUAUGAAAUGACACGGGCUUCUCAUGAAUACGAUGAUCACUUAGAAAACCAAGCAUGGCACUACAAGAAUGAUAGUACGUCGACAAUCGAUGUUUCAAAUGAUAUACCAACUGGAGCAUAUCAACCUAGAAUUGUUAAUUAA